GAUUCAAACUCUCAUCCCACCGGAACUGCAUGAUAUCCUCAUCCCAAUACCACCAGCAAAAAAGUCAUCACGCUGCAAUCUCAACAGACGACUGACUGGUAGAGUGUUAACGCACUCUGAAGUAAUGGAAGAGAUGCGGUUGAAAGAGAAAGAAAAGAAAGAAAAGGAAGAAAAGAAAGAACGAAGGAAAGAAGAGAUGAAGAAGAAACGCGAGGAGAAGGAGCAGAAAGAGUUGGAAAAGAGGCUGCAGAAAGAAAAAAAACAAGCCGAGAGUGUAAAGAAGUUGGCAGAAAAGGAAGAGAGAAAACGAAAGAGACAGGAGCUUGCGGAGGCAAGGAAGAAACAACGCAUAGAAGGGAAAGAAAACCAGCGCCCUACUAGGCCACGAGACGUAAGAGAAGGUUCCAGUCGUAGCCGUCCCGUGAAGCCGCCGUCGUGGUAUGCAGAAUACGAAAUGGGCCAGGGAGAAGAUGAAGAAGCAGAGUAAAGAAGAUUCUAGUGUACCCUUAAAUCCACACGAUUGAUAGCGUUCCUCUCACGCCUAUGAUCGGUUUACAGAAUUGAAAACUUCAAUUUUUGGAGUAAAGAUUUUGCUGUUUGUAGACCGUAUUCGCUUGUUCAGUAGGACUGCAAGGUCGUCAGAAUUCAGUACGGGGAGUUUUGAUCUUCUGUAUUAAGGUCUGUAACAGUUCCAAGUUCUUAUCUCAGCUAUGAUAGAAAUCUAAGAUGAACAAGUUCACAAUGUUCGUAUGUGCACGGAUCUAUACAUGGAACCGUUUCCGCCUUUCACCGUAAACGUGUAACGUUACAUCCUAUCACUACCAGUGCCCUCAGUGCGGCGAAAACUGUUAUUAUCGUAUCGUUUAGCUAUCUAUUUCAUUACAUCGAAAAAUGUUUAAGAUAUACCUGUUAACAAAAGUUUGUAUUAAUGUUCUUCCACUACGAGCAAAAUACUGAGGCGUUUGGGCGUAACGGUAGGUUUCAAGCGUAAGAUUCUGCAGGUCAAAUAAACAGACUGUCAGAUAUACUGUUACCGUAGACUCACACUAGUGCGAGUGUUCAGUGCUUUAUUUCUUCGGUAAAUAUCAUUAUAGGGCUGGUUUUUCAGACGUUAGCCUAAAAAGAAAAGACAAAAGGCAGACCACAAUUGUGGCGGCGUGUGUGUCAUGCUAAAACUAGUAACAAAAUUUCCUAAAGCCGUCUCUUGACAGUCAGCAAUAUUACGUGCUAGAAGAUAAAAACAUCAAGUACCAUAAUUGCAGACUGUCGUUGUUGAUCAAGAAGAUCGUUAUGUACCUGGGACA